CACCUCCAGAUCUCACGCGCCUGCUUUCUUGAUAUAUUAAUAACACCGCCCAUGCGGACUCUCUUGACCACUUGAUUGACUUGCGACACGCCAGCCGUCAUGUUUUCGGGGUCCAACUCCUACUUAGGGGGAGGCAAUAGCGCCCGACCUGGACAGCCUCAGUAUGGCCAGCAGCCGCCAUUCCAACAGCCUGGAGGCUUCCAGGGGGGGUUGGGACCUCAGCCGACGGGAUUUGGAGGAGGCCCAAUCCAACCUCAGUUCACAGGCUUUCCGGGACAGCCGCAGAGCUUCGCGCAGCAGCAGCAGCAGCAGCAGCAGCAGCAACCGCAGUUCACCGGCUAUCUAGGUCAGCAAGGCCAGUCUUUCCAGCAGCCUCCACAGCAACAGCCUCCACAGCAGCAACUCUUCCAGACCGGCGCACCCCCUCCACAGCAACCUCCCCCACCCCAGCAGAUUCCACAACUUACGGGUAUGACUUCAUCGCAGAUGGCAGAUUCAUUUCGAGGGUCCUCAUCCCAGCCUCCCCCUCCGCCUCUACCUACGAAAUCGUCCAAGAUUCCGAACAUCAGGCUGUCGUUCAUAACAGCACAAGACCAAGCAAAGUUCGAGCAGCUAUUCAAGUCUGCCGUGGGCAAUGCGCAGGCACUGUCUGGUGACCAGGCCCGGGAUUUACUGCUUCGAUCGAAGCUGCCUGGUGACGCUCUGUCUGCUAUUUGGACACUCUCCGACACGACUAAAUCUGGCCAGCUCCUGUUCCCCGAGUUCGCCCUCGCCAUGUACCUCUGCAACCUCAAGCUGACCGGCAAGGAGCUGCCCAAUACUUUGCCUGAGCGCGUUAGGAACGAGGUCUCAAGUAUGGUGGAUAUUAUUUCGUUCGGUGUGCCAGAUGAGCAGCCAAGCCGACCAGCACCUGCCUCUAAUGCCCCAAAAUUUGAUGAACCCCUGAAUCAAAGCUCCCAGCAAAUACCAACCAUACAGCAGCCUCAGCCCCAGCAGUCCAACAGCCAGAUUCUUUCGUCCCUUGUUUCUCACCCCACCGGAUUUGGUCAAUCCCCUAUGGGUCUUCAAUCUCACCCAACAGGUUUCAGUCAAACUCAACCAACAGGUUUCGGACAGGCUCCAGGCAGUAGUUACAAUGGCCCGCGGCCGCCAAUGCCACCGAUGCCCACUGGAUUUGGUUCAAAUUUAACUCCCACUCAAACUGGUAUGGCUCCAUUGAAUGCCCAACCUACCGGAAUUCCCGGGCAAUGGGGCUUGGUCAAUACUCCAGCCACAGGCCUCCCAAACAUUGAAUCAUUGGCACAGCGUAUGAUGCCUCAGACUGGACGAGAAGGCGGGAAUUAUACCACAGCUGGACUCAGCGGCAAUGCGACCAUUCCAUGGGCCAUUACUAAAGGUGAAAAGAGGCUGUACGACGAUACUUUCAAAGCUUGGGACGGUUUUGGCAAAGGUUUCAUUGCCGGAGAACAGGCGAUCGAAAUUUUCGGACAGAGUGGACUCCCAAAGCCUGACCUCGAACGGAUCUGGACUCUUGCUGACUCUGCUGACCGAGGUCGGCUCAAUCUAGAUGAGUUCGCUGUGGCAAUGCAUCUCAUCUAUCGAAAGCUAAACGGAUAUCCUGUGCCAAAUCGUCUUCCUCCAGAGCUCAUUCCCCCGUCAACUCGCAAUAUCAAUGACUCGAUCGGCGCGAUGAAAUCACUCCUUUCUCGUGAUGCGGAGGAACGCAAGAAUUCCGGAGCAUUUCUUCAACCUCAGAGGACUGGUGUCAGCUAUCUAAAGUCUCAUUCGUUCCGGGCAGGUAGCCCAGCAAACGCUGGACGCAAGGACGCGACAGUCUUUAGGAACAAUGAUGAUCAAAUAGGCUAUCGCUCAAGUGCACGGCAUCGCUUGGGAGCAGGUGGUCGCUCCCCGUCGCCUGCAACGCCCUCGUCCCCUGGAUCUGAACGUUUGCAAGACGAACUUUCCAUUGAACAGCUGAGAAAGCUGGUCAAGGAGAAACAAAUCCUUCUAGACGCCAUUGAUAUCCGGGAUGAGAACCAGGCUGAUGAGGAUGAUGCCCUCGACCGUAGAGAUCGACGAGAGGCCGAGGACCUCUACCGCCGCAUCCGCAGGAUUCAAGAAGACAUUGAUGCUCACCCAAAUGCGUCGAUGAGGUCGAGCGAUUCAGAUGCAGAACGUCGUGCACUCAAACGCCAAUUGCAAAAUCUGACCGACCACUUGCCAGAGCUAGCUUCAAAUGUGCGUCGAACGGAGCGCGAAAUUGCUGAUGCCCAGCUCGAGCUCUUCAGGCUAAAAGACGCAAAGGCGCACCCUGGUGCUGCGGCCUCAAUUGUCGGAACCGGACCAGGAGGCUUGAUCACAGAAGCAGACCGGCUGAAGGCCCGUGCUAAGGCGAUGAUGCAAGCCCGUUCUGCCGCUCUGACUGGAAAGCCCAUCCCUGCUGGCGAUGACACUGGAGCUGCGGCUGAGCGCUUGGAGAAGGAGAGCUCGCGCGUUCGAUCUGAGAGGGAAAAUAACGAACGAAUGAUCCGGGAAGUUGAAGAUAGCGUCAAUGAAUACACGAGAGGACUUGAACUGAACCUUAAGGAAGGCGGUCACGAUAACAACAGCGAACACGAGAGGCGUAGAUGGGAGGACGGCUUGGGAGUGGAGGAUGAGGUGAAGGACUUCAUCUUUGAUCUCCAACGAAGUAGCAGAGCUGCUCGGGUUCGAAAGGAAGACUCCUCCCAUGACCGCUUUGCAACGUCUUCUCGAGUGGAAGAGAGCAGGUCAUCAACAUCUUCUCGGUACGAAAGCCCCGCCCGGGCCUCUGAGCCAUCACCUCGUCCUGGAGCUUCUGCUGGCGGCGGGUCAUACGCUUCUUACAAGACUCCCGAGGAGCGUGCUGCGUUUAUCAAACAGCAAGCCGAGCAGCGGAUGGCUGAGAGGUUGGCUGCUUUGGGCCUUCGCCCGCCACCCAAGGCCGCUGAGACACCUCAACAGCGGCAAGAACGUGAGAGGAAGGAGCGAGAGGAGAAACUUCGUCAAGCCGAAGAAGAGGAUGCACGGCGUGAGGAGGAGAGGCAACGACGCCUCGCCGAUGAGUCCAUCGCACCCCCAUCUACAGCUAAAUCAAGCGGGAAAAAGCCUCCACCUCCUCCUUCUCGCAAAAACAAGGCCGAGGUUACUCAGCAUGACGCGAGACAAGCCGAAUCAGAUGCCAAGAGGGUUGAGAAUGAAAGGGCUGAGAGGGCUCUGCGCGAACAGCAAGAAGCCCAGGAAGCGGAGAGGAAGCGUAUGGAGGAUGAAGAGAGACGUCAAGAAGAUGAGCUGGCCAAGGAACGCGAAUCUGCCCAAGCCCGGCUCCGUGCUUUAGAGGAUCAGGUUAAGCAGGGCAAAAUCAAAAAGGAAGAAGAGAAACGUCGUAAACAAGCCGCACAACGUGAAGCUAAGGAGAAGGAAGCUCGUCUAGCUGCACAGCGCGCAGAAAUUGAAGAAGCAAGAGAGCGAGAACGCCAGCUCCAGCUACAACUAGAAAGCCUCGACUCAGACGAUUCCUCUGAUGACGAAGGCCCACAGAACAUCACUCCACAAGACACGACUCCAACUGCAAGCCAGGAACUGAGUCGGGAGACUGCACCACCUGCACCACCACCAAUGCCACCAGCAGCUCCUCCGCUCCCGCGCCAGAACAGCACCCCACCCUCUUCCAUGGCCAGCCCACCAGCGUCCUCCCUGACAAGCCCCCAUCCGGGCAUAGGAGAUACAGAGACUAAGAAUCCCUUCCUCAAGAAGAUGGCCAUGUCAAGUCAAGAGAACAACCCUACACCCACCCCCCCUCCCCCACCUAGUAAUACUAGCGAGGUCUCCACUAAUCCAUUCCACCGACUGACCCAGGAGAAUGCCAAAGCUGCUCUCGGUGAAACAGCUGCCUCACCUGCAAGUACCCGAACUCGAGCUAGGCCAGAAGAAGACGAUUGGUCUGUUGUUGACUCGGAUGAUUCGUCUUCUGAUGAUGAUGAUGCCCCUCAAGGUGGUGCAAAGCAGCUUGCUUCAAUAUUGUUCGGCACAAUGGCUCCUCCACGGCCAUUGUCUUCCAUGGACAAUAAGAGUCCUCGGGCCGAGAGCCCAGCCGUAGCCUCACCCACAGGAGGAAUUCCCCCACCUCCGCCAAUGCCUACAGGAGGAGCUCCUCCGCCACCACCAGGGCCUCCACCAAUGCCGAGCGGAGGUGCACCCCCUCCCCCUCCAAUACCAGCCCCGAGGCCAGGUGGUGCGCCUAAUGUUGGUGCUCUGCUAGGCGAAAUUCAGAUGGGGAAGGGUCUGAGGAAGGUAGAGACCAAGGAUAGGAGUCAGGCAGCUGUAUCUGGGCGAGUCCUGUAGAGUGGAUUGGAACGAUUGAGAUGAUUGAAACAGUUGGAGUGAGGCACUUAUUGUAUUCAUAAAUUGGCAAUUGAAU